ACAUGUACUGUAUGUUUGUGCGAAAAGCAAGAGAUCGCUCAAAAAGCAAAGUACAUACAAUCUGAGCAGACGAAUUUCCUCUUCCUCUGUGAAAUUGGCGGAACAUUCUGUAUGAAGCCUAGCAGGGCUAGGCCUCACUUGGAAUCAUGGAUGGCACUUUGUGGAGAUAUCAGAAGGUCUCAAUAGGCUUGAAGAAAUGGGUGAAAAACACAGCCAAACUGUCAUGGGCAACUCCCCAAGCCAACUAUGGUACGCUGACCCUUACGGAUAGAGAAAAGAAAGUACAAAUUAAGCUGAGCAACACAUCCAAGUUUGAGACAAUGCCUGCUCAGUACAAAAACCGAGACCACACUUUCGAGGUGACAUGCAUGGAAGAGAAGGUGCACCUGCUGGCAGCGGAAGAUGGGGAACAUUUAUUCCAGUGGCUCAGCAAGAUGCACGAUGUAGCAGGCUUGAGGAAAGACCACCUGUUUGGAGGAGGCGGGGGAGGAGGAGGAGGAGGAGGCUGUGGAGGCGGAAAAUCAGAAAACCAAGGAGUAUUAGAAGUGGAGUCGGAGCUGCAGGACAAUCUUUUGUAUGAUUCUUAUGAUAAUAAAACCUUUCCAGUAACAAUCAAAUCCUACAAUUUCACGGAACCGAUAACUCUCACAGGAAAUUACAACCUGCAGCUAGAUUCUAUGAAACUGUCCUUGAUAGAAGCUUCCACUGGGAAGAACAUCUUGUCAUGGCCUUACAGAUACCUUAGGCGGUAUGGACGAGAAACAAACUCAUUCUCAAUGGAAGUUGGUAGGAGAUGUACCUCAGGGGAGGGUUUGAUUCGGUUCAAUGUCGAGGAUGGAAACAAAGUGUUUGCUGCCAUUCAGGAGUUUGUUUCCGCAAUGACUGGUAGGAAUUUUUCUUCAUCAAGCACACCAACUACACCCACAACUGCUCCUCAAGCUCCACCUUCCUUUACUCCAGCUCCAACCGAGCCCAAAGCACCAGCAGCAAACCAAGUUGUAAAGAACCAGGGGGUAAAAGUUUUACCAUCACCACGUGACAGAACACACUCUGCAGGGUCCCGUAACAUAGCCCCAAAGCCUGCUAACCGAACAAAAUAUUCCAAUCGCGGUGCGCAGUCAGUGGACGAUGUCAGCAGGAGCGAACCCAUCGAUCAGUGCUACUCCUCGGUUUCUGAUGAAGCAAUUGAUCUUGCUAAGAAGCUACCGUCUCCCAAAACACGGAAAGGUCCUCCGAUAGACUUUGAACCAGAGCAGCAUUAUGACGUGGCUUCUGAACCUAUGCCAAAGCAGUGGCCUCAGGUGCAGAGAAGACAAACUGCAAAUGGCGAGAGCAAUGGGACCAAAGCUAUUCCAACAUCUAGGGUCUCUAACAGUUCUGGGGAUAAGUCUUCCUCCAAAGUAGACACUUUGAACAAUGAAAUGUCAGGUGUGGUCAUAGAGGAUAAUGCAGACCCAGGUUUAUAUUCUACCUUGGAAACGCCCCAAGGAAUGGAUGGAGCAGCAGCAGCAGAUGCUUCACAGGUUUACUCAGAAGCCAGUGACCAUGACCACAUUUACGACCACCUUGCGCGACAGAAGCUUGGAAAUUCUUCCGCUGCCCCACGUCUUCCUCCCCCAAACGCCAAACCUGCUGCCGUGUCUAAAGCUUCCGCUGCAUCUGCAGCAAAAUCGUCUCCACAAGAAGAAGAUGACAUGCUGUAUGACCACCUCAAUCGUGGCCAAACUGGAAGCGCUCAGCCUGGCAACAGUCCUGUAGGAGCAGUUCCUGAGGAUGCUUAUGAUAUUUUGAGCCUGGAUGCCCCUUCCGGUUCACCAACAGAGAGUGGCUACCUAGUCAGUUCAUACCCGUCCUCAACGGUUCCAGAGGAGUCGGAAUAUGCAGAGGCAAAUGAUGCAAAUUUUAAUUAUGAUGAAAAUCUAUACGAAGUUGCCUGAGGGUGAUCAAUUUUAAGAUUAUGCAGUCUACAACUGCACUCAAAUCUUCAGGCAUCUAUCGUACAAUGACAUAUUUUACUAACACCUAGAUAGAAGCAUGCUUUUUCAGCUAUUUUGAUUUUAUUUCCUUCUUAAAAUACUAUUUACUAAAUCUCAGGCUUUGAUUUUCUACUCCUGAUGAGAGAGUUGUAAUUAAAUGCAACUCCCAAACAUCAACUGUAACUUUAUUUUUAUCCGUAAUGAGAUUCAUCUGAUUGGUAGAACUCAAAACAAAUUUUCAUCUUUUCACAAUCAAUUUGAUUUUACCUUGAGAGCUUUCGUUCUGCAGGCUUUUUCAGACUAUGCCUGACUCACCGUAGAUGGUUAGUUUUGGCAGCGCAGCAGUCUGUGAGAACGGGAUUUCUACUAUGUACAUUCCCAUUUUUUAUUCCCAUGCUUGAUAUGAGUUGCAGUUACAUGUAAACUCAUUCUGCAAAUUAUUUUUUUCCUUUUUUUUUCCUGCACUAUUUUCCUCUCAAAAAGAAUAUUAGGGUUUGGAUUAAAGUUUAGUCUUGAAUUUAAGGCUACUCAAUUAUCAAACAGUAGCAUAAUUCAACUGUCAACUAAAUUCCAUCUUUCACUUUCUCUCUAUUUCUCUCUCUCUCGUUGUCCCCCCCCCCCCAGUACAGUAUAUUUAUCCUGUGGUUCAAUUGUACAGGAAAUACUGUUUUCGCUUCUGGCUUCCUCUGUGACUUAUCAUUUUAUACUCAGAGGAAAAGGGACUUGAAACCUGGCCCUUGUCACACAAAACUUAGCUAUUGAUGAUAAAGGUUAUUACAUAUGAUAAUCAUUGCAAUCAACUGAAACAGGGUCUACGAUCAAACACCAUGUUUUGCAAUAUGAAGCCUUUUACCCUAAAAAUUUUUCCCUAAAUUUUUAUCAAUAGAUACUGGCCAGAAUCCUAAAAAAAAACACUGACGAAUGACACCAUUCCAUGACUCUGGCAUGUUAAAGAUAUGAAAGGACAUUUCAGAAUUCUGCUAUAAUAUCAAAUUACUCUCAGACUCUAUGAAUAUAUACUUGUUUAUAGUAAUUCAAUACUCUGUUUUCAUCAGGUUCCGUGUUCUUCACUGUAAACAAGGGAUAUAUUGAUUUUUCAUUUAGUAGGGAAAUUGCAGAAAUAUUUAUACAUGAUUGAACACCUCUAUCUUACAACAGUAUUUAACACGUGUGUACUGUUAUCUUUAUAGGUUUUGGUGAACAGUGCAGUAAUAAUUAUG